UAUCCUGUUUUUAUCUUUGUGACCCCAGGCAGUCAGAGCUGAGACCUCUGAAGGUAAAGCAAACAGCGCCCCCUGUCUGCGGUGAAUUCCUCUGAUUUCCGGUCAGAAUCAGACUCUAAUCUCCUCUCUGCUCCUCCCACCGGCUGGAUAAAACCUCCAGUUUCACUGCGACCCGCGUCUCCGGCACCAUGUUUCCGCUGCGGCUCCUCGCUUUGAUCUUCGUCUCCUCGGCAACAGCUGACCCUUCACCCGAGGAGAAGGAGGAGGAGGAGAAGAAGAACAGGUAUGACCUGAUGUUCAGGAGGGGAGACCUGCUGGAAGUUCCCCGGACUCUCUUCACUCAUUUUGGGAUUUACCUGGGAGGAGGCAGAGUGGCUCAUUUCAUCCCUGACAUCAUGCCCGUUGUCUCCACUAACCAGCUUCGGAUCAAACAGAUGGUCACCAACACCAGACUCAUACUGGGAGUACUGGCUAAGUGUGGCAGCGUGAGGAUGGACUCGGUGGAAGACUUCGCCUACGGAGCCGAUAUAAUCAUCAACCCCAUGGACAAGAUGUGCAGCUGUGCAGCGCUGCAGGGGGAGGAGGUGGCCCGGCGCGCCGAGAAGCUGCUGGGAGACGUGGCCUACAGCCUGCUGUGGUACAACUGCGAACACUUCGUCAUGUACUGCCGAUACGGCACCGUCAUGAGCUUCCAGACCUUCCAGUUCUGUAAGACGAUGAGGAAGCUGCUGCUGAGUCGAGGCGUCGCCAAGGUUACGGCAGUGCUGGUUGCUUGUCUGCUGGUCUACCUGCGGGUUAUGGACACCUGGACGGUCCUGUUGGCGGUUCUGCUGCCUUUCCUCCUCUGGAUGGCCUCCUGAUUGGACACACUGACCCGGAACCUGACCCGAAUCCUCAGAGAUGAUUUACUUUGACCUACAAUCCAAUCUGAAGCUUAAAUUAGACUUGAUUGUUUUCAUCACUGAAUCGUUCAUUGUUUUUGAUUUAUAAUAGAUAUCAAGGAUAUCCUGUUAAAUAAAAGUUUAUUUAUUUAAAUUUGUUCAGUAUUUAGAUGUCUCAAUGGAUGGAUUUUGCCAGAACAUUCUCAUAAAUCCACCUUCUUCGUAUUGCACUCAUUCUAAAUGUCGUUUCAUACACCAUUCCUUUUAAUUGAUUUAUUCUUGAGAGAUAAACACCCUCCAUUCAUCUCUCGCUCUCUCAAUCACAUAAUACAAAACUACAAUUGAACAAAAUUGUUCCAUCUU